UGGCCCAAGCAGCCCAUGGAAUCUCAUAACCUGAGCUCUUCCUCUCCCCUCCUUUCCCUUCCUCCCUCCACUCUCCCUCCCUCCACUCUCCCUGCCUCCCUCCCUCCCCUCCUAUCUUCAACUCCUUCUGCCUUCACCACAGACUUGGGGGCCCCCGGAGAGGCCUUGGGUUCCUGCCUCCCAGCCUCUUCCCACAUGGUGUCUGCCUUCCUGGCGCCAAUCCUGGGUGUGGAGUUUGUCCUGGGCCUGCUGGGCAACAGCUUGGCUCUCUUCAUCUUCUGCUUCCACACACGGCCCUGGACUUCCAACACGGUGUUCCUGGUCAGCCUGGUCGUUGCUGACUUUCUCCUGAUCAUCAACCUGCCCCUGCGCGUGGACUACUACUUCCUGCACGAGCACUGGCGCUUCGGAGCCACCAUCUGCAAGCUCAACCUCUUCAUGCUGUCCACCAACCGCUCGGCCAGCGUGGUCUUCCUCACGGCCAUCGCCCUCAACCGCUACCUGAAGGUGGUGUGGCCCCACCACGUGCUGAGCCAGGUGUCCGUGUGGGCUGCCACCAAGGUGGCCGCGGGGCUCUGGGGGAGCAUCCUGCUCCUCAACGGGCACCUGCUCCUGGCCGCCUACACCGACCACUCCUGCCUCAGUUACAAACUGGGAGCAAAGCCCUCGGCCUCAGCCCGCUGGCACCAGGCACUGUUCCUGUUGGAAUUCUUCCUGCCGCUGGCGCUCAUCCUCUUUGCCAUCGUGAGCAUCGGGCUUACCAUCUGGCGCCGCAGCCUGGGUGGCCAGGCGGGCCCACAGAGAGCCGUGCGCAUGCUGGCCGUGGUGGUGGCUGUCUACACCGUCUGCUUCUUGCCCAGCGUCAUCUUUGGCUUGGCUUCCAUGGUGGCCUUCCGCCUGCGUGCCUGCCACUCCCUGGCCGUGUGCACACAGCUCUUCCAUGGCUCCCUGGCCUUCACCUACCUCAACAGCGUCCUGGAUCCUGUGCUCUACUGCUUCUCCAGCCCCAGCUUCCUCCGCCAGACCCGGGCCCUGCUGGGCCUCUCCCAGGGCUGGCAGGGCCCAGCGAGUGACGAGAGCUCCUACCAGCCCUCCACCCGGCGCUGGGGGACCUCCAGGAAGGCGAAGGCUACGGACAAGCUACGGGAGGCGGUCUCGCUGGAGGGCCCACUAGAGUAA